GGGGGCCUCUGGCUGCCCCAGUCCCUUACUGGUAGAUGCUGAGAUUCCCUCUGCGCCCCAGGACCGGCCAUGGCAGCGCUGCGACUGCUGUACCGGGCUGUCCGUGCAGGCCCCCCGGCCCCACUGGGCUCCCUGCGCCCGCUCAGCACCAGCACCCCCAGGGACUGUUACAAGUAUGUCAACAUCCAGGAGCCGGCCAUGGACAUGCGAUCCAUCACUGACCGUGCCGCCCAGACCCUGCUCUGGACCGAGCUCAUCCGAGGCCUGGCCAUGACCUUGAGCUACCUUUUCCGUGAGCCGGCCACCAUCAAUUACCCAUUUGAGAAGGGCCCGCUGAGCCCGCGGUUCCGCGGGGAGCACGCGCUGCGCCGGUACCCGUCCGGGGAGGAGCGCUGCAUCGCCUGCAAGCUCUGUGAGGCCGUGUGCCCAG